CACGGAACGCACUAAUGAAUUUGUUUAAGAUAUCUAUGAAUAGUAUAUAUGUACCGAGCGCACUAAAUUCUCAUAUUCCGUCCGACGCCGUAAAGCAGGGAAAUUGGCACGUCGACCAGUGACUGAACGUUGUCCAUAUCCGAAAAAGGCAAUCAUGAACUUGUCCGUGAUCAUCUGCAUAAUGACGACCCUCUUGGGUCCAGCCUUGGGAAAAGUAAUGAUGUGCUAUUUUGGAAGCUGGGCUACGAAUCGUCCCGGAAAAGGCAACUUCCAAGUCUCCGACAUCGAACCCAAUUUAUGCACGCAUUAUAUUUAUGCAUUUGUCGGUCUCACGGCAAAUGGAGAUAUCAGAGUCCUGGAUGAGCGUAACGAUUUACCAACCCGUGGUGGAAAGAAUAAUAUCGGGAAAUUUGUCGCUCUGAAGAAGACGAAAACAGCACCGAAAAUACUCGUUAGCAUGGGUGGAUGGAAUGCAGCUAGCACAAACUUCACUCGUGUCGUGAAUCAUGCUAAUUUACGUACGGCAUUUGCUAAAAACGCUGUUGCUUUUCUUAAAAAGCAUCAUUUUGAUGGAUUGGAAAUGGAUUGGGAGUAUCCCUGUCAACGUGGAGGAGUGAAGGCAGACAAGAAGGGCUUCAUUGCUCUUUUGAAAGAACUGAAGGCGGCAUUUGUAAAGGAAGGACUUCUCCUAACUGCUGCAGUUGGAGCUACCAAACAUCUUGCAACUCCGUCUUACAACAUUCCAGAACUAGCCAAUAUCGUGGAUUACAUUAAUGUCAUGACUUAUGACUUGACUACUGCAUCUUCCUCUAAAGUUGUAGGACAUCACGCUCCAAUGGUUGCUGCCAGUUAUCAAGAACAUAAUGCUACCUUAUUGCAGAACAAUAUAGAAGCGUCUAUCAAGUUCUGGCUGAAAAGUGGUGCUCCUGCUUCGAAAUUGGUACUUGGAUUGCCUCUUUAUGGAAGAACAUUCACAUUGGCCCAUGUUACAUUGACUAAACCCGGAAGUCCGUCAGCUGGUCCAGGGCAUGCCGGCCGUUACACGCGUGAAGCUGGUUACAUUGGUUACAAUGAGUUUUGCGAAAAACAAUUUGAUGCAAACUGGACAAGGGUCUGGGAUAAAAAACAGAAAGUGCCUUAUGCUUAUAAGGGAAACCAGUGGAUAGGAUACGAUAAUGAAAGAAGUUUAGCAGUAAAAAUACAUUAUGCUAAGAAGCUUGGACUCGCUGGCAUAAUGUUCUGGAGCAUAGAAACUGAUGACUUCAGGGGAAAUUGUGGCUGCGGCCCUUAUCCACUUCUUAAGGCUUCUAGGACAGCACUCCAUUCUAAAAAGACUUUACGAGGAGGUAUACUAUAUAAUGUAGAAGAAGAUGAAGAAGAUGAUAGAGAAGAAGAUGAUAUAGAAGAAAAUGAUAGAGAAGAAGAUGAUAGAGAAGAAGAUGAUAUAGAAGAAGAUGAUAGAGAAGAAGAUGAUACAGAAGAAGAUGAUACAGAAGAAGAUGAUAGAGAAGAAGAUGUACAAGAAGAUUAAAAUAUUCUGUAGAACUAUGUAAUCCUUUAUCGAGAUGGAUUGUGAAAAAUAAAUCAUGCAUUGCAGUCUU